GAAGGCGGCCUAGGGCUGAGAGGGCAGGUGGGGUUAGAGGUUCGGAGGAGGGGAGUGCUACGGGAAGAGCUCGGGACCCUCGGCCCCUUCUCUUGUUCUUUUCUCCUUAGGGUUCGGUAGCAGCGGGGACAGCCCGGGGCCCCGUGUAUGGCCACGGAGUUACAGUGUCCAGACCCCCUUCCUUGUCAAAACCAGCAAGUAACCGCUGCCUCAACCCCAAACCCCGAGCCGCUGCGACCUGACGACCCAACCUCGGACCAUGCCGGCGGAAACAGUGCCGCCGUGGCCAAGCUGACUCUCCUCAAGGGGGACGUUCAGCCUAGUGUGCCCGCCGAGGGGGACCCUCAGGCCUGCGGCGGCGGCGCCACCCUCAACUCUGAGAGUAGCAGUGGCACCAGUGACGGUGGUAACUCGGACGCAGUCGUCAGCGACUCCCUCCUGGGGGACUGUGAACUCUCUUGGCAGAUCGGGCCGCAGCUUAAGCUGCUGCCUAUGAAUGAUCAGAUUCGGGAGCUGCAGACCAUCAUCCGCGACAAGACAGCCAGUAGAGGGGACUUCAUGUUUUCUGCGGAUCGUUUGAUCAGACUUGUUGUGGAAGAGGGACUGAAUCAGCUGCCAUAUAAAGAGUGCACAGUGACCACUCCAACAGGGUACAAGUAUGAAGGAGUGAAAUUUGAGAAGGGAAAUUGUGGGGUCAGCAUAAUGAGAAGCGGUGAAGCAAUGGAGCAAGGUUUACGAGACUGCUGUCGAUCCAUCCGAAUUGGAAAGAUCCUGAUUCAGAGUGAUGAGGAGACACAAAGAGCCAAAGUAUACUAUGCCAAGUUCCCCCCAGACAUUUACCGGAGAAAAGUCCUUCUGAUGUAUCCAAUUCUCAGCACGGGAAAUACUGUGAUUGAAGCAGUGAAGGUUCUUAUAGAACAUGGAGUUCAACCCAAUGUCAUCAUCCUGCUCAGUCUGUUCUCCACUCCUCAUGGUGCCAAAUCAAUCAUCCAAGAAUUUCCAGAGAUCACAAUUUUAACUACUGAAGUUCAUCCUGUUGCACCUACACAUUUUGGACAGAAAUAUUUUGGGACAGACUAAGUUAUUGGAGGAAAAUAGAUAUUAUUGUAUAUCAUUACACUUAUGUUUUUGAAUUUCUACUUGUAUAAAUUCACUGGAGAAAUGGCAGAGACGACAUAUUAAGGAUGCCUUUUAAUUUUGGAUUCAGGUAUAGUAAAAAGGAAAUAUUUGAGGUUUAUUUAUUUUGUUUGGUAAUUUCUUGACUACUGACACCAAAUUCAACAUUGAAGCCCUCAGAACUCUUAUAUAAGAUAGAAAUUUUCAAUAUGCUAAUACACAUUGCCGAACCCUCAGUGCAUUGUUAUUCUCCUAAUGAACCUCUUAGUUUAGGGGUUGCUUGUAACCACAAAACAAACCUAAACAAAAGUCACUGCUUUGGCCCAGUAUUGCAUUUUAUUUAGCUUGCUCUUAGCUCUAGUGAGGUUUCAUGUAUGUGACUGUUGCCACCUUCCUCUGUGCUUUACUUCCUGAUACUAUACAUGCUGAUAGCUUGGAGAAGAGAAAAAAAAUAAUGCCUCCUAGAUUUUUACAUUUCCAUUAAUAACUUCACUCAGUUGGCAGACCCAGGAUGUAUGGUUAACUCUUUGGUCAUGCCAUUAUUUUCCUCAUGGCUCAUUUCCCAAACUGUGUCUUGUAGGCAAUGCCUUGCCAAGCUGUAAGGCAGUGAAGAAGGUGGUGGGACAUUUUCAGUAACUGAACUGUAAUAUUGAUUUAUACCGACUGAACCAGGGGUGUCUGGAUACUGACAAAGGAGAGCUAAGUACUAGUGGUGCCUUCAAUUCUCCAGAAAAGAAUUGCUGGUGGUUUUUCUGAGGUAUUGGGGAAAGAGGGAAUUCUUGCUGGAUUUCAGGCCAAUAAAUAAAGUAAUUAAAAUUUUAAUUCAUUUUUAAUUUGGACGUUUCUACUAAAGGCCUUGGAUUUGGAAAUUAGUUAUAUUGCGUGUUUGUUGACUGUAGUUGUAUUAAAAUGUCAGACGAAAAACCACAUCCAUGCUCUUUAAAAAAAAAUCCCUAAGAUUUAUAUGUGUUCUUAUUUAGGCUUCUGGAAGGAAGAGAAACUAUUUUAGAAAUCUGUCUGUUCUGGCCGGUGCCACGUUUCAGAAGGCUAAUCCUCCGCCUGCAGCGCCGGCACACUGGGUUCUAGUCCUGGUCGGGGCGCCAGAUUCUAUCUCGGUUGCUCCUCUUCCAGUCCAGCUCUCUGCUGUGGCCCGGGAGUGCAGUGGAGGAUGGCCCAAGUGCUUGGGCCCUGCACUUGCAUGGGAGACCAGGAGAAGCACCUGGCUCCUUGCAGAGCCCCGGCCGCAGCAUGCUGGCUGCAGCGGCCAUUGGGGGGUGAACCAAGGGAAAAGGAAGACCUUUCUCUCUGUCUCUCUCUCUCACUGUCUAACUCUGCCUGUCCAAAAAAAAAAAAGAAAGAAAGAAAGAAAGAAAUCUGUGUGUUCUGAAAUCUGUGUGUAAAACCCUAAUCUCAUUUUGCAUUGAUAUUAAAACAUUUUAACAAUGGUAGCUGGCUGAUUACUUGAUGAAUUAUGCUCUCAGGGGCCCAUAGGCAGCUGUUGUGGGCCUCUGUUCAAAAGCACAGAAAAGAGCAGAAGGCAAUGUCUUAGAAAGAACUAAAGCUGACAAAAAUGAACAAAGAUUGGGAAAGAGAAAAGAGACCUGGUAUAAAGUGGGUUAUAUUUUACUUUGGAGCCUAGACUACUAGAAGAACCUUACUGUGCAUUUUCCCCUUUAUUUUUUAAGGACUGUCAUAGAUACAUAGCCCAAUUUACAGUCUUUCUGUGGCAAGUGUUCUUUCAAAUUGUUACUGAAAUUCUUAUCUAUAUCUGUCACUUAUAAUUUUGAUACAAUGUGGAUCUUGUUUACUCCUGGUUAGCAGAAGCUGUGACUGAAGCCCAUUGAAAGCCAAAAUCAUUAUCUUCCUGUCCCAGGAAAGAUGUGAGCCAGCAAAUUUAGAUAGAGAACAGAUCUCCUUGAGAUUAUGGCAUUAAAUUAGUUGGAAAGAUGAUGCCUACCACUAGGGGAGUUAAUGUUUCUGAAUUAGUGUGUUUGUUAGGGCUUCAAUAUUUUGUUUGAAGUGACUUUAUUAUAGAACAUCAGAUAAAUUCAUAUUCAAGAGUAGGUUAAAAAACCAUAUUUCAGGAAAAUUAUUUUUAUAUGAUCACUCCAUUGGAUUUUACAUGUUUCUGUUCCUUUUCAUCAGUGGACAUGAUUGGGAGCUGACUACAUUUGGUUUCCACCUGGAAGGCCUAGCAUAAACAGUAAGAAUUGUUCAAGGGGAUCAUAUUCCCCCUGAUGCUUAUCCUCUACCCCUGGCAGAUUUCAAGAAAAAUUGUAGCUAUGUCUUCUAAAAUUUGGCUGUUUUAAGCAAAUGAGGCAUUAUUUGUAGGGUGAACUACUUGCACAAUUCUUUGGACCUGGGACAUUUCUGAAAUCUAAAGUUUAUACAAGAUUAACAGACUAUUCAAAACAAGAUUCUUUUUUAAUGACAUUAAUUUCAGAGCAGUAUAAACUAUCAAUUCCUUAUUGAAGAUAAUAAAAACCCAGGCACAAUAAAAAUGACACUAAAUAGAAUAUAGCCGUGCUUCUUCAUACUUGAAUGUUGGGAUUGAUGUUGUGGUACAACAGGUUCAGCUGCCUCUUGCAGUGCCAGCAUCCUAUAUGAGCACCCAUUGGGAGUUCCAGCUGCUCCGCUUCUGAUCCAGCUCCCUGGUCAUGCACCUGGGAAAGCAGCCGAAGAUGGCCCAAGUAUUUAGGCCCCUUCCACCCAUGAGGGAGACCCAGGCUCCUCUUUUCAGCCUGGCUCAGCCCUGGCUGUUUGUAGCCAUUUAGAGAGUGAACCAGGAGAUGAAAGAAAAUUCUCCCUCCCUCUUUCACUCUGCCUUUCAAACCCACUAUGCUACAAUGUGAGUCCCAAUAAAACAAAUCUUUAAAUAAACCUGAGUGUGUACCAGACUCACCUGCAGGGUCACAGAUUACUGGGCCCUACUGCUAGAGUUUUGGAUUCCACAGAUCUGGGUUAGGGACCGAGGAUUUGCAUUUCUAGUAAGUUCCCAGGUGAUGCUGUUGUUGCUGGACUGGGGACCAUAUUUGACUUCACACAUUUCUUCUUUACUAAUAUAAACAUUUAAUGAUAUCAAUUUGCCUAUAAACAUUUAAUUAUAUCUCACAAUUAAAAAAUUAUUUUCAUUUUAUUUGAAAAGCAGAAAGAGAGGGGUGGGUAUCUUCCAUUAGCUGGUUCCCUCUCUGAGUGUCUGCAAUAGCCAUGGAUGGGCCAGGCUAAAGCCAGGAGCCCAGAACUCAGUCUGGGGCACCCACGUGGGUGGCAGGGACCCAAGAAUUUGAAUCAUUGUUUGCUGCCUCUCAGGGUACAAAUUAACAGGAACCUGGAAUUGGAAGUGGAACUCAGCUUCGAACACGGCAUUCCAAUAUGGGAUGAGGGUGUCCCAAGUGGCAUCUUAACUGUUGUGCCAAAUGCCCACCUCAGUACCUUUUUUUUUUACAAAAUUAUAUUUGUAAACAUAUAACAGGCUCCAAGAUAACAUUUCAUUCAUUCUAGGUGUUAUGAUAGAGAAUCUAGAUGUUUAAUUAGGAAUGGAAUCAGGUGUUGCCAUCAUUUGAAACACAGCGAACAGCUUACCAAUUUUGCCAGAUUCUUUAACUCUACGAGUGGCCAGGGGAGCAUCCCCUAGCUCCUUGAUUUUCUUCUGCUCCUCUUUUUGUUUUGGCUUGAAAGCUUGAGCUUGAUCUUCCUCAUCCAUCGGCUUGGUCUGCUUCUUGGGCUGUUUCGGGACUUCUUGCCACCUUAAUGACCAGACACGGUAUGUGCUGCAUAUCUCACAAAUUUCGGCAUAUUGUGUUUUCAUUUUCACUGAGAUCAAAAUACUUUCUUAUUUCCUCUUUUUGGACCCAGGGUUAUUUAGAAUUGUAUCAUUUAAACUCCAAAUAUUUAUAGGAUUUUCCAGAUUUCUUUCUGCUAUUGCUUCCUCAUUCUAUUGUGAUCAGAGAAUAUACUUUGUAUGAUUUGAAUCCUUUUAAAUUUAUUGAGGUUUGUUUUAUGGUCCAGAAUAUAGUCCCUCCUGGUAAAUCUUCUGUGGGUGCUUGAAAAGUGUAUGUAUCCUGCUGUUGUUGGGUGGAGUGUUCUAUAAAUGUCAAUUAGGUUAAGUGGAUUGAUAGUGUUGCUCAAGUCAUCUGUUUACUGAUUUCCUGUCUGCUUCUUCUAUCUGUUAUUGGGAGAGGGAUGUUGAAAUCUCAGACUAAAAUUUUGCAUUUGUUUGUUUCUCCUUUCAGAUCUAUCAGUGUUUGCUUCAUAUAUUUUGAAGCUCUGUUGGGUAUAUAAACUUUUAGGAUUGUUCUCUUGAUGAUUUGAUCCUUUGUCAUUAUGAAGCAUUUCCCCUUUAUCCCUGUCAAUAUUCUUUGUUCUGAAAUCUACUUUGGCUAAUGUUAACAUAAAUAUUUUAGCUUUCUUUUGAAUAAUAUUAACAUGGCAUAUCUUUUUCCAUUCUUUUAAUUUAAUGUGAUUGUUUUUAAAAAAUUUAUUUGAGAGGCAGAGAGACAGAGCUGUCAUUUGCUGGUUUAUUUCCCAGAUGCCCAAAGCCAGGUGCUAGGAACUCAGUCCAAGUCUCCCAUGUGAAUGGUAGGAACCCAAUUACUUAAACCAUCACUGCUGCCUCCUAGGAUCUGUGUUAGUGGGAAGUUUGAGUCAGGAGCUACAGCUGGCAAUUGAAACCUGAUACUCUGAUAUGGGAUAUGGGCAUCUUUUUUUAAUUUAUUUAUUUGACAGAUGGAGUUAGACAGUGAGAGAGAGAGAGAGACACCCCCAGAUGUCCCUCACGGCCAGAGCUACGCCCAUCCGAAGCCAGGAGCCAGGUGCUUCUUCCUGGUCUCCGAUGUGGGUGCAGGGCCCAAGCACUUGGGCCAUCCUCCACUGCCCUCCUGGGCCACAGCAGAGAGCUGGACUGGAAGAGGAGCAGCUGGGACUAGAACCCGGCAGGGAUAUGGGCAUCUUAACUGCUAGGCCAAAUGCCCACCCCAUGAUUGGUUUUAAAUCUCCCAUCUUGCUCUUUGCCUUCUAUUUUAAGUUUCAAAUUUUUAAUUUUAUUUUAAAAAGACAGUAAAGAUAAUUUACAUAACAUGUUCCAAGAGGUAACUAGUUUAUAAAGUAUCUUAAACAAAAAUGUGUAUAAUAUAUUCAGCAAAAGUAUAUAUAAUUCAGCAAUUAUAGACUGUUUUUUAUAGACCGUGUACUUGAAGUUUUUCAGUAGUUCCUGAAAAUUUGGUCAUGGGAGUUGAAUAUAAGGGAAAUAUGUUUAUAGGUUGCUUUUUAUUUAUACAGAAUGGAAAAAUAAAAUGGGUUUUUGACAGUCCUUAAUGAGCUUCAAGUGACGUUUUAAUUUUCAAACUCAAAUAUUCUUUCAUAAAAUUGCUAUUAUCAGAGGCAGGCGUUGUGGAAUGGUGAGUUAAGCCACUGCUUGGGACACCUGCCUCCUGUAUGAGUGCCAGUUCAAGCUCCAGCUGUUUUGUUCCUCAUCUAGCUCCCCACUAAUGUGUCAGGAAGACAGUAGAAGAUUGCCCAAUGCUUGGGCUCCUGGCACUCAUGUGGAGGACCAAGAUGGAGUUCCUGGCCCCUAGCUUUGGCCUGGCCCAAAUCCAACUGUGGCAUUUGGGGAUUGAACCAGUGGAUAGAAAUCUCUGCCUCUCCUCUCAGUAGCUCUGCCUUCAGAGUAAAAUUAAAUAAAUAUUGUUAUUACUGAAAGACUAUUUUAAGUACCUAACUGUAUAUUGUAUCUGAGAUUACUUACGAGAGGAGAUUUUAAAGAUAGUACAGCUAGUUAAGCUGCUGCUUGGGAUGCCUGCAUCCCAUAUCAGGGUGCUGGUUUGAGUCCUGGCUACUUUGCUUCCAAUCCAGCUUUCUGCUAAUGUACCUGGGAGGCAGCAGAAGAUGGCCCAAGUUCUUGGGUUCCUGCCUCCCACAGGAGAGAUGCAGAUGGAGUUCCUGGCUCCUGGCUUUAGCCUGGCCCAGCCCCAGCUAUUGUAGGCAUUUGGAGAGUGAACCAGCAGACAGAAGAUAAUUUCUCCUUCUCUGUCCUUCUGCUUUUCAAAUAAAUAAAUCUUUUUAAAUAAAUAAAGAUAUAAUACAUUAUAAAAGAUAUAAUCACCAUUCAGAAUAUUUAAAUGCUGGAGCAGCUGGGACUCGAACUGGCACCCAUAUGGGAUGCCAGCACUGUAGGCAGCGGCUUUACCCACUACACCGCAGCACCAGCCCCGCUAUUGAUUUUCUUCAUGUCUUUUAUCUCAAUUAUUGCCUUCUUUUAUAUUAAUUAGGUUAUUUUCUGGUAUACCUGUAUCAGGGAUUCCCAAGACCACCUCCAAAAUUUCUAGGAUUCCAAAGUCAUUAACUUUGUUGUUACAGUUUAUUUCAGCCAAAGGAUGCUAACCAAAAGCAGCAGAAGGAAUUGGCACGUGGGGCAAUGUCUGGAGGCAAACAGAUACAAGUGUGCAAGACUCCUUUUCUAGUAGAACUGCAUAGGAUGCAUUUGAUUCCUCUGUUGAUUAGCAACACAUGUAAACUGUGGUCUACCAGGGAGCUCACUGGAUUCUAAGAUUCCAGAGUUCAUUGCAGUUUGAUCACAAAGGGACAUGGUGCCUGCAUGGUUGAUUGCAGUUACCAAAACAGACCACCAGAAGAAAAGCAGGUGUUCUCCAUAAGUCACAUUGUCUAUGAAGACGAGACAAAUUAGUACCAGGUUGUUCAAAAUUCCAAGUCUACAAAACAACCUUACCAGGACAUUUUAAGAUUUCAAUUCCCAGUAGGUAGACAAGUGCCAUUCAUUGAAACAGACCCUCUGAGAAUAAGCAAGGUGUGAGUAGCUCAGAUCUGAUGAGUCAGCUCUUUCCUGCAUAGUCUAUCCUCUUGGCCCUUGACCUAGGCUGUCUUAAAGGAAAACUAUAUUUUUCUGAGUACCUGCAUUUAGUAUAGCAUGUAUAUAACAGCUGUAGUAAAAAUAUCUAUGUCCUACAUUUCAAGGAUUCAGUGCAAGAUGGGGAUAGACUAGAAGAGGCAAUUAGCCCAUCCUAUAAAACUAUUAUAUACAUCUCCAUUAUUUCAUAUUAAUUUGAUUGUUUCUUCCAUUGGUCUACUAUCAUGUAUACUUUAUGAUAAAUAGAACCAUUUAGCAUAUUAAUUAGCUGAUGUUUAACUAGAUAUAAUUCUUCCUCAAGCCAAUCAGUUUCCAUUGAUCUCACAUCCUGAGAAAGUUUAAUUAAAUUUCUCAAUGCAUAUAAUUAUCAAUAUCUGUAUUAUGACUUAUUCUUUAAAAUAUUUAUUUACUUGAAAGAAUUACAGAGAGGUGGAGAGAGAGAGUCUUCCAUCAGCUGGUUCACUCCCCAAUUGACCGCAAUGGCUGGAGCUGCACCGAUCCGAAACCAGGAACCAAGAGCUUCUUCUGGGUCUCCCACAUGGGUUUAGGGGCCCAAGGACUUGGGCCAUCUUCUGCUGCUCUCCCAGGCCACAGCAGAGAGCUGGAUUGGAAGUGGAAUAGCCAGGACUUGAACCGGUGAUCAUAUGGGAUGCUGGCACCACAGGCGACAGCUUUACCCACUAUGCGACAGCACCAGCCCCAUGACUUAUUUAUGAAAGGCAAUUGAAUUUUACUAGCAAUGCUAACAUUACACCAUAUUUGUACAAUAGUUAUUGUGCAACUCUGUUUCAUUCCACAAGUCAGUAAGAAUUAGCUAUUUAUUAUACUCUCCCAACAUAAUUGGCCCUUGACCACAUACCAAUGUUCUGAUACACAGAUGUCAUGAUUGACCAGGUUUUGGUUAUUUCCAGGUUCUGAGUCAGAUGGUGUCCUUGUAUUAGUCUGCUAGAGCUGUCACAAUGAAAUACAGACUGGCUGUAACAACAGAACUUUGUUUUCUCACAGUUCUGGAUGCUAGAAGUCCUAGAUCAAGGCGUUGGCAGAUUUGAUUUCUAAAGCGUCUCUGGCUUUUAGAAAUGGCUACUUUCUUGCUGUGUCCUUAUGUGGUCUUUCCUUUGUAUGUGUGCCCCUAGUGUAUUUUUGUGUGUCCAUGUUUUCUCUUCUAAGGACACUAGUCAGAUUAGAUUAGGGCCCAUCUAGUACCCUCACUUUAACUUCUUUUUUUUUUUUUUAAAGAUUUAUUUAUUUAUUUGAAAGUCAGAGUAACACAGAGAGGAGAGGCAGAGAGAGGUCUUCCAUCUGAUGAUUCACUCCCCAAUUGGCCACAACGGCCGGAGCUGCGCCAAUCCGAAGCCAGGAGCCAGGAGCUUCUUCUGGGUCUCCCACCUGGGUGCAGGGGCCCAAGGACUUGGGCCAUCUUCUACUGUUUUCUGAGGCCAUAGCAGAGAGCUGGAUGGGACUAGAACCGGUGCCCAUAUGGGAUGCCGGCGCUUCAGGCCAGGGUGUUAACCCGCUGUGCCACAGCGCUGGCUCCCUCACUUUAACUUCUAAAAGGCCCAAUCUCCAAAUACACUCACAUUCUAAGGCUCUGGGUGUUAGCACUUCAACAUGAAUUUGAGGAGGACACAAUCAGCCUAUAGCAUGUGGAAACAAAGCUAGCUGUCUCAAUUCACAUGACUUUUACUGACACUGACUCCCCUUGUGUGUCAUUCUUUAGUAGAUCUCACCUGUUUUUUAAGGUAAGUAUAAGGAUGUCGUCCAGACUGGUUCCUAUUCCUGCUAAUUGUAGUACAGGGUGCAACUUAUUUUGGUCCAUUCAUGGGGUGAGGCCUGACAGUGUACAUCAAUGUAAAUUAUUCUUGCCUCCAGAGAACUUAGAAGUUUGAAAGUCCAUAAGGUUUCCAAAAGUGUUGAUGAAGGGUCAUUGCCUAGGAUGUAGCAUCAUUGCUCAAUUGCAGUGUCAGGCUUUAUCUUUUUUAAAAGAGCUAUUUAUUUAUUUGAAAGGCAGAGUUAGAGAAAGAAAGGGGGAGUGAAAGAGGGAGGGAGGAAGAGAGAAAGAGAUCAAUCUUCCAUCCGCUGGUUCAUUCCCCCAAAAGGCUGCAAUGGCCAGGGCUGGGCCAGAUCAAAUCCAGGAGCUAGGAUCUUCCUCUGAGUCUCCCACGUGGGUGGCAGGGACCAAGCACUUGGGUUAUCUUCUGCUGUUUUCCAGGUGCAUUAUUAGGGAGCUGCAUUGGCUGGAAUCAAAGUGGCAUUCUAUGGGAUGCUGGCAUUGCAAGUGAUAGAUUAACCUGCUAUGCCACAACACUGGUCCCAGGCUCUAUCUGUUUUAAAAUAGUAUAGCGACUCUACUGGGCCAGAGUACAGGCCCUUUAUCAGCAACAAGUCCUUGCAUAGAAUCUGCCAGACCCAGAUUCCUAAAGCCUCACCAGCUUUGCAGGCUGAUUCCUAUCCUUUUGCUUUCUUCUGGAAGAGUAUCUUUUUUUUUACUGGGCUAUUCUACCUAAUAUCGUUUUCUUUUGAAUGCUGCUCAUUCAAAGAGAAUUCACUUUGUCCUUUGAAACUUCAACUGACAUUAAUCUUUCCCACAGCUCUCUUCUGUCUUGUGGACCAGCAUUUAAUCCACCAGUCAUGUUGUUGCCAUUGUGAACCAAUUGCUUGAGUACAGUUAAGAUACAUGGUUUGGGCUGGCGCCGUGGCUCACUUGGCUAAUCCUCUGCCUGUGGUGCUGGCACCCCGGGUUCUAGUCCUGGUUGGGGCACCGGAUUCUGUCCCGGUUGUUCCUCUUCCAGUCCAGCUCUCUGCUGUGGCCUGGGAAGGCAGUGGAGGAUGGCCCAAGUCCUUGGGCCCUGUACCCACAUGGGAGACCAGGAGAAGCACCUGGCUCGUGGUUUCAGAUCGGCGCAGUGCACCGGCCGUAGCGGCCAUUUGGGGGGUGAACCAACGGAAAAGGAAGACCUUUGUCUCUCUCUCUCUCUGUCUAACUCUGCCUGUCAAAAAGAAAAAAAAAGAUACAUGGUUUGUAUCCAAAAAUGAUGAGUCCCAAUACUAAGGUUAUAUUUGCAUGGAUAGUAGUCACAUUUAGGUAUAGUUUGCUUUGAGUGUGCCAUAAAGUCCUCCCCAUGCCUUCCUUGUCUCAAGGUGAAGUCAUUUCCCAUAGAAUUGGAGCCCAUCGUGUGGCAUCUACUGCCUUAUUUCCAUCAGAAACUCUUUGUUUCUAUUUUAUUUAUUAUCCUUAAAGCCACAGAAACAAGGAUGAUUUGUAUUUAUAUAUAACACCACUUUGCCAUAACAAGCAUGCAGCUGCUACAUUCUGUUCAUAAUAGUCAAGGACUUUUCUAAGUAUCUGGUGAUCAAAGUUUACAGAUUAUCUAGUGAACAGUCUGCCAGUUGCACACUACAUAGUUUAAUGAUUCACCAAGAGAUACUUCCUGGAAGCUUCUUCCCAAAUGAUAUCCUGUAUGGUAGAUGUAGCCUAAAAUUUAAGAAUCAAAAGAUAUUGGUGAUUAACUUGUGCUCCAUUUGAUUUUCAACAAUUAAUUCUGUUCAUCAUUGUAGUGCAUGACCAGAAUAUCUCCCAUCAUGAUACCACUCAGGCUUGCAGGUUUCUGUUUGCCCUUGUCAAAGUCCAAAAGUUGGGGUAUUCUAGGCAAACAUACCACUUCACCCUCUUGGGCAUCUGGUAUACUUGUGUUAAUAUAGAGUAUUAUUCUCUUCCUGUUAGCCUUUAUUUUAAAGAUUUAUUUGAAAAUCAGAAUUAAAGACAGAGGGGAGAUCUUCAUUCACUUGUUCACUGUCCAAAUGGCCCCAACAGCCAGGACUUGGCCAGGUUGAAGCCAGAAGCCAGGAACUCCAUCUGGGUCUCCCAAAAGGGUGACAGGGGCCCAAGCACUUGGGCCAUCUUGCAAUGUUUCCCAGGAACAUUAGCAGGAAGCUCGAUUGGAAGUAGAGCCACCAGGACUUGAACUGGCACUCAGAUAUGAGAUGCUGGCAUUUCAAAGAGUGGCUUAACUCACUGUACUGCAGAGCCGGUUCCUGUUGUGAGCCUUUCUUGAGAAACCAAUGUAAUGUUGGAUUUCCAUCAUUGAAUUCAUUCUUUUACUUUCAGCUACUACUUUUCUUUCUUUCUAUUUGUUAAUGAUUUUAACCUAGACAUUUUCACCCUUGAAAGGAAUGUCAGACUCAAUGACAGUGCUUUCCCUUCAGUCCAUUUCCACCUGUAUAGAGUUACACAAAUAUAGAACUAGUGGCCUAUCUUGGCCACUACUAAGCAAGACAGUUGCAUUCAUUGUUAAUCUCAGUGUUUCAAGAUGAGUGAAAGUGUAAUCCAUCCCCAAAAGUUCUUAGGAAUUCUGGCAUAAAGUUUGAAAUAUAAAAUUACAGUUGUCCUUUGUCAUCUAUGGGGGAUAAGUUCCAAUAUGCCCAGUGGAUGUCUGAAACUGCAGAUAGUACCGUACCGUAAAUUUAAUGCCUUUUUCAUCCUAACUAAGCACUUAUCAUGGACUAUGGCUGUGAUCUUUGUAGUUUGAGAUGCAACAGAUAAACCUGCAUGAAUUUCUUUUUCCUUCCUGACAAUAUCAUGGAUAGAAGAUUUGUUCUUACUAUGGAUCUUAGAAACCUCAGCAUACAGCUUUUUUUUUUAUUACCUAGUUAAGAACUUUUACUUUUUCAUUUUAAGGAAGCAUUUGGCAGCUUAUCUUUGGCAUAUCCAAAUUGCCAGCAUCACUAUUCUUGCCUUUUAGGGCCAUUAUUAAACAAAACAGUGGAUGCUUGAGCACAGGCAUAGCAGUCAAUCUAAUAACUGAGAUAGAUAGAUUUUCUAAGUGACUAAUAGGCAGGUAGCAUAGGCAGCAUGGACACAUUGGACAAUAAGAUGACUCAGGCAGGAUGGAGCAAGACAGUGUUGGAUUUCAUUACAUGCUUAUAGCAGCAGGGAAUUUAAAACUCAUUAAUUAUUUUUGGAAUUUUCCAUGUAAUAUUUUCAGAUGCUAGUUGAUCAUGGAUAACUGAAACCACAGAAAGCUAAACUGCAUAUAAUUGGAGAACUACUGUACAAUUUCUUGAUUAAAGAUUAUCAUGGCUCUGGCAAGUAGAAUUUUAGCCCUGGACCCAAAACCACUGUAUCAGGUAGGAGAAAAAGAAAGUUGAGGUGAUGUGGGGAAUAAUUGUAUGGUUGUAACAGUAUCAUACCCACCCUUACCAUCCUAAGUCCUCCCUCAUGUUAGUAUGAGCAUAUAUUCUUUAUAUAAGUAGGAUUUCAUACCUUUGUCUCCAACCAAAUAUUGAGGUAGUAUUCACAUAUAAUAAAAAUAAUUAAAGUUUUUGAUUCAGUGAUUUUUAAUAUAUUCACAAAGUUGAGCAACCACCACAAUCUAAUGCCAAAAUAUUUUCAGCAAACCAACAAGAAACCCUGUACUCAUUAGUAGUCACUUCCCAUUCCCCAUCCCCCAGUCCCUGGCAACUACCAAUAUACUUUCUUGCCCUAUGGAUUUGUCUAUUCUGAACAUUAGAUAUAAAUGGAAUAAUCUGUGAUCUGUUUCAAGUUCAUUUUUAUGCAUGGUGUAAAGAAGGAAUUUGCAUAUGUAUAUCUGGUAAUCUAAGCAUUAUUUGUUGAAAAGACCUGUCAUUGCCCCAUUGAAUUGUCUUGGCAUCCUUGUUAAGAAUCAACUGACCAUAAAUGUAAGGGUUUAUUUCUGGACUCACAAUUUUAUUCCAGAACCCUAUGUGUCUGUCCUUAUGCCAGUUUUGAUUACUGUAGCUCUGUAGUAGUGUUGACAUCAGAAAGUAUGAGUCCUCCUACUUUAUUAUUCUUUCUUGAGAUUUUUUUGGCUAUUUGGGGGGAGAGUCUUGCAAAUCAUUAUGAAUUUUAGGACCAGCUUUUCCAUGUCUAAAAAACUAAGCCAAAUUUUCAACAAUGUUUCGUACUUUUUAAGACACAAGUCUUGCACCUCCUUGCUUAUUCAUCAAAUAAAUAUUUUAUUAUUUUUGAUGCUAUUA